AUGCUCGCCUCAACCAUCAUCUCCGCCUUCAUCGGCAGCGCCCUCGUCGCAGCAGCCCCUGCCGACGUCUCAGCCCGCCAAGUUGGCAUCUGCACCGGCACAUACAGCAACAUCCAAUGUUGUGCCACUGAUGUUCUCGGUCUCGCUGACUUGAACUGCGCAAACCCCCCCACAACCCCUACCAGCGCAGAGGACUUCAUCAACAUUUGCGCCGAAGAGGGGCAACAGGCUCGCUGCUGCGCAAUCCCAAUUCUUGGCCAAGCUCUGCUGUGUGGUGCUCCCCUUGGUUAA